GCAUCUCUUUCCGCUAGUCUCGUUUGGUCCACGCGCGCGACAGGCACGCGAGUGGUGACGACGAAAGAUGAGCGCAAGAAAUAAGGGUGGACGGACACACAGGGCAGCCAAACAUCACCGGCAGGCUGCUGGAAACAGGGUGGCGCCAGGGUCGGCCGACCCUGAUCCCGUUUACACCUGGACCUGCAGCUGGAACACUCUGCAGUCCAACAGGGAGGGCUUUUUUAAAGCCAUUUUCGAGGGUUUCGAAGACUCGCUGAGCAAAUCGCAGUUAGCCGCCUUCGCCAAUCUGGACAGCGACGCCCGGCGGGUUGCCUACCUGUUGGGGUUGGAGCAGAUCGAGAGUCUGGCGCCGGUGCCCAUGUUCCGGCAGAAAAACGGAAAGGAGGCCGUCGACCUGAUGGUGCAGGCGGAGCGUUUGCUGGAAAAGGGCAAUGCCGGAAGCGCCCUCAAUCUCCUGAGCAGAGCCAUUACUAAGGCGCCAAGUAAGGAAGGGGAAAAGUGCGAGUUGGUGAGCCGCCUGCUGGCCCUGCGUUCGCACGCGCUCUCCGACCUCGGGCAGCUCGAGUUGGCGCUCAGAGACACGCAGUUGGCCCUUUCCGCCGGCGUGUCCGACCCUUUUGCCAGGGCCCAGCUGCUGCGCACCCAAGGCCAAUGCUACUUUGCGCUCGCAGACCAGAUGAGGGCCAAAUUGGCUUACAUCAGCGCCCAGACACUUUUAGACCCAAAGAAAUCGCAAUUCAGCCAGUUGAGGAGCGAACUCGAAGCUGAAAUUGCAAAGUGCGUCGACACCAAACCCAAAAAUGCAAAAGUUAAAAAUACUGAUACAUUAGUGUGUCCAAGUCUGACGGGCGGGGAAAGCCAAAUCAUUCCAAACGCGUCCCUCUUGCUAGGGUUGCACGAAAGCCCCCAAACCGGACGAUAUGUAGCGGCGAAGAGCAAAGUUGACGCUGGGGAUGUGUUGGCCGUCGAACCCGCUUUCUGUUCUGUUCUUCUCAUGGACAAGGCUGGAACGCACUGCCACAAUUGCUUGACACGGUUAGUUGCGCCCGUCGGGUGUCCAGAUUGCAGCGGAGUUGCUUUUUGCGGCCGUGAGUGCCAGAAAAGCGCAUGUGAUACAUACCAUAGGGUCGAGUGCAAGUUCUUGAAUCUGUUCAUCGGCCUUGGAAUGAGUGUCCUCUCUCAUCUGGCACUCCGAAUAAUUACCAGAACUGGCUCUGCAAAAGAUUUCAUUAAAUUAUGGGAUGCAGCGUCGCGUCCUUGCGAGGGUUCCGAGCCAAAAUCCGUGUCUGACUAUCGGCGCCUGUUGCGCCUUGUGAGCCACCCAGAUCUGAGACAAACGCGCGACUACCUGAGCCGCACCCUGAUGGCCGUUUUCCUGCUCAAGUGUCUGCAGCGCAGCGAGCAUUUCUGGGCGCCCGACCUGAGCGCCGAGGACCAAGUGAAGGUGGGCGAGGCGCUUUUGCGGCACCUCUGCCUGCUGCAGUUCAACGCGCACGAGGUCUUCGAGACCCUGGCUUGGGACCGAACCAAAAUCAAAGGCACAAAGACGCAGUACAUCGGAGUCGCCGUCUACCUGAGCGUCGCCCUUUUCAACCACGACUGCAACCCUUCCGUCGAGAGGAGUUUCCAAGGUACAACCAUGAUCCUUCACGCCCUGCGACCUCUGCACCCAGGAGAGAUGGUUGGCGAAAAUUAUGGUCCAAUGUUCACGAAAAAGACCAGGGCUGAAAGACAGGCAAGCCUAAGAGCUCGCUAUUGGUUUAAUUGCGCCUGUCAGGCGUGCUCAGAAAAUUGGAACACCUUCGACCAGGGCAUCAAAUCACCUGACAAAACAGAAGCGUUGCAAAAGAUGUUCGACAUGGGUUUUGAAGCCAUGGAGGCAGGAAAGUUGGAAGGUGCCGUUUAUUUGCUUAGCCAGUUUCUCAAUUCUAUUGACGGAAUGGUCAAUUUGCCAGACAGGGAGGUUAUUUUGGCAAUCGACGCCCUCCGAUUGUGCCUGAUGUCUCUUUGGGGAACAGUGGUGGUGGUUCAACCACCAAAGACUGACAACAAUAAUCUCCAGAAAGAAAUUGAGAGUACAGUCAAAAUAACGGAACUCCUUGCGUUGGAGGAUGGCAAAUAAAUCACAAGACAAAUUAUUUGUUAAGAUUUUUAAGCGGGAAAAUAAAAGAUUGAAACAUAAAACUUAUUUAUGGUAAGAUCAUAAAUCAUUGAUUUAUUUUAAACAGUCUUUGAUCAACAUUCUCUUUUUUGCAAGUGUUUCCUGGAAUAAUUAUCGUCAAAAUCAAAGAUGUAUCCAAACACAUUUAACAACGAUGUGCUGUACACAUUAAACUGCUGGUCACACAACAAAAACCAUAUUACUUUUAAUCAUCGAUCUAUACAGUAAUGAGAGGUUAAUUAAUUUAUUAUGGAGUCUGCAGUUACAAAAAAAAAUCAAAAUUAUUAAAUGUCUUCCACCCUAAUUUUUGGUU